AUGGAAGGUAUCGUAGACGACGGAACAAAGAAAACCCGAAAGAGACAAAUGUCAAGAGCCAAGAGAGUCCUAGCAAACCGACGUGAAAGAGAACGUGUGCGAAAAAUGAAUGACGCCUUUGAAGAACUUCGAUGCGUUAUUCCAAAUUACGAGGAGACCAGGGUGAAAACUAAGAUAGAACUUCUGCGGAUUGCCACAAGCUACAUCCAAAGCUUGAAAGAUUACAUUCAGAAUUCUGUUCACGGGCAGGAAGGCCAUAACCUUGCGGCCAAUUCCCACAUGUUUCCGCCGGAGUUCGAAAUGGAGAGCAGCACGGUUAAGUCAGGGCCACGUUUCUCUGAUCAUCCAUAUCCACCACAGUUCUCAGUUCCCCAGCCACCGCCUUGCACCGAUUUACCAAAUCAGUUCCAGUUCCCACAGCCGCAUAUGGGCCAGUUCCCCUCAUCAUUGUCGAACUUCGGCAUCCCUGAAAGCUCCCACCAGGAAUUUUGCAACCUUUUGGCAACGAGCCUUGCUGAUUCACAUUCGGGGGAAAGUUUGCUGUUGAAUCUGCAGAAUGCAGCUUCUACUUUGUGUGGUGAAGGCCAUUGA